UCCAAGUGCGCUCAUCUGAUUGACACUUCUAAGAAAUGGAGAAUGAUUACUUCAACAAGCCUGAAUAAAAAUCAGCAUCCGGUUUCUUUCGCCAGCAAGUUUUGGGCGGAGAUACAUUAUAGACAGCCGGACUAACUGAGAUGAGGCGGAACAUGGGAUGCGGAAAUAUCAGAGAGAGGAGCUGGUCUGAAACCACGAGAGCGAGUGUUAAAAAGAUUGUCGGGCGUGUCGCGUUGUAUUUGUUUAGGAGGUAAUCGAUUGUGAUUGGACUGCCCGAAUGGUGCCGGCCAAUCAGCCAACUUGCGAUGCAUCGUCCGCCAAUGAGAUGAACGACGGCAGUACGUCAACACAUCAGUAUGUUGUUGCAACUGGUAGUCAACCUUCGUCCACCUCGUCAUUCUCUCAGUAUCAACCAUGUCAGGUACAGGUGGUUAAUUUGGCUACCGAUCUUGAUACUGUAGUAAAUGGUAAUGAUCAGAAGUCGUAUAUAUUGAUACCAAACGCGCAGCAAACAUUUCAGCUCAAUGGAAAUUCUCUGCAGGUAUUGCCUGGUAAUGUUCAAGUGAUCAAUUUGAAUGAUGUUGCAUCAUAUAUCACCCUACCCAGUUCACCCUCAAUAUCUAUUAGCGAGCAGAACCAACAACCUUCAACUUCGUCACCCAUCGUAAGCUCACCGUUCCUUUUCACAGACGCUAAGGGAAUUGAUAUCGCUAAUGUGGUUCAGCUGUUAACGACACAGGGGGCGUCGAACAGUCCUCUUGUUUCCAAACCAGAUGAAGAGCCGCUUUAUGUUAACGCCAAACAGUAUCAUAGAAUUAUAAAAAGAAGAGCAGCUCGAGCAAAACUGGAAAGUGAGGGGAGAAUUCCCAAGGAAAGGCGGAAAUAUCUCCAUGAAUCCAGACAUAAACAUGCCUUAACUCGCGUGAGAGGCGAAGGAGGAAAGUUUGAUCGUGGUUCACGUAGCUCGCCAAUCCCAGACUCAUCACAACAACAGCGGUUAACAGAUCAGGUGCGCACAGUGUUCCGACCUGCUUACAUUGACUGUGGACCAUCGAGGAAUUCAGAAUCGCCAAGCGUGGAUCAUCGAUGAACUUUGUCUAAAUUUUUCUAUUCAUUUAAAUGGACUACUGAAUAUUUAGAAAGAUGAUAAUUAAUGCAGUUUUCGUGAUCAUAUGGAAAAAUCGUAUAUCGUGGGUAACUAAUUACUGUUCCGAUACUUCAAAACUCUGCCGUUUAUGCGCUACUCCAAAGUUAACC